AUGGAAAUGGAAUUUGGCUGGAACGGUCGCCUGAAGUGCGUUUCGAAGCUUUGGAACACUCUCAUCUCCGAUCCACACUUUGCGGAAUCGCAUCUUCACCUCUCUGCGGCACCCACCCAUGUAUGCCUCUUCAUAAGUGGCAACUCUAAGGCUUGCUCCGUUGACAUUGAUGCAGCAUUUCACGACUACAAUUGUGCUACUGCAGCAAAAGAGAGGGCUUGUUCUCUUACACCAAGCACCGCAUUUUUUGUCGCAUGGAAUCCAGUGACUGGAUCCAGCAAAAGAGUAUCCUACUCUCACAUUGCUUCUCGUAGUAAUCCCGUUACUCCUUCUUUGUAUGGAUUUGGUUACGAUGCUUCACAGGAUGACUACUUAGUUGUUGUAGCUUCUCAGGAUAAGAAUGGCCAAGACCACUUUGAUUGCUUGUCUUUGAGAACCAAUUCAUCGACUAAUCUUGAUUUUGCACUCUCCAAACCCUUGGGUAGGAGCAGCUGGGAAUCUCGUGGGUUCUUCUUGAAUGGCGCUAUUCAUUGGUCGUCCUGCACUCUUAGAGUUAGAGAUUAUAGUAUUCUUAUAUUUGAUUUGAAGGAAAGAUGUUUCUCAACUAUAUCUAUGCCUGAACAAGUGAUGGGUUAUCUCAAUCCCACUCAUCUCGGCCUACUAGGAGGGUGCCUGGCCUUGUAUUCUUAUGGAUGCGAUAAAACUAACAUAUGGGUGAUGAAAGAAUACAAAGUGCAUUCAUCUUGGACUUUCUAUCCGAUUCUGGUGGUCGUGAACAGUCUGCGCCUCUAUGCUUAUCCAAUGGCCAUCAGGAUCAGAAGAACGAUGUCAAACAAGGAAAGAGAACUAGGAGCGAAUGACUCAACAGAGACACUUAGUUAUGUUGUAAAUAAAGUGUUGGCAAGUUCAGCUAGAAGCAGCUUCUAG